GCUAAAGGAGGAGCAUCUGCACCCAACAGCUCGCACUAAGCCGAGGAACACAUCACUCGCUUCCACACACACACACACUUCAAUAUUGAUGGGGUAGAAAGCUCAACAUCUUUAGCAGAAGAUAACUGGAAAACAAGCAGAGCACUUCAAAAAUGAGCCAGGUUGUCGACACAAUGUUGGUUAACUAUCCCCUCGGGAGCAUGAUGGCAGUGCUCCAGGAAAAUAUGGAGAACUGCACCACUGACACGACUCUGCAAUACGUGCUCCUCCUUCUUUCUAAAGUAGCUCUGAACACACUAGUCUUGUCGUUUUGGUUGAGGAGCAUUCCCAAGACGCUCCUUGGUGUUUACAGCAUCUCCAUAUACCUGGUGGAUCUGCUGCUGAUCUGCUCCAUCUCCUGGGCAUGGUGGUUCUACCAGGAUCUUCGCAUCCAUGAAGUCGUGUGCUUCAGUCUUUCACACAGCUCCAUUGUAUACUCCCUGCUACCUCUGCCUGUCCUUGUGGCAGGAGCCUUAGAUUAUGUUAUCCAGCAUCAUGUGGGUUUCGGUAAGAAGUCAUUAGGCAGGACUGUUGUUCACUGUGCAGUUGUGGCUCUGAUGUGGAUGCUGGCUUGCUUUUACUCUUACAGCUACACAGAGCCAGAGCUGCUGACCAUCCAGUACAAAGAGGAGGGAACGGCUCUUGUGUGUUCUGUACAAGGAUCUCUGGUGGUCAGUCACUUCUGUUUAAAUGUGUUCAUCAUUGUAGGCUUUGUACUUCUGCUUCACUGGAGAAAGCUUCCACGUUGGGUGCUCAGGGCUAACCAACUAUCCGAACGGAGGACUGGAACACUUUCUAUGAGUGACCUAGCCUUUUCAAAGAAACUGGAAAAACUUGAAUCAGGCGCGUUUGAGGAGGCGUACAUGGAAAAGCAGCAGGAUCGUCCUCCUAUCACGAUCAGCCUUGUUUUGUGUUUUGCACUGAACUGGACUCCUUAUCUGCUUAUGAACCUGGUCUGUGAUCUCCUGGGAUUUGCUGUGCCAGCUUAUGCAAGUGUCAAUCUCCUUUUCACCGCCUGUGCCAACAGCUUACUUAUGGGUGUGGCUUUCUGGUACAGAAGCAAAAAGUAUGGACCUUUCUGCACAAUGCCAGAUGACAUCUGUGCAUGGAGCUUUUUCUGGUAUUUGAGUAAGGAAAAUGGCCAGUUUACAGCCAGUACAAAACUCUUUGAAGGACUUGGUUGAGGACUCAAUUCUACAGACUACACUAAUUACUGCCAGUGAAAAUACCUUUUUAAAAGGCUUCUUAUCAGGUUUGGCACAUGGGUUCAUCAUACCCUGCACAAGUCCAACGUACAGUGUACAUGUUGCCAUGGCUUUGUGGAUCGUCCUUAAUGAAUAGUAAAUAUUGUGCUUUGAUUCAGGGCUACCAACUGUGGAUUAUUUUUAUAAUCAAUUAGUUUCCAUAGAUUAAAAAUCACGAUAUCACGUUACCUUAAAAUAAGCUUUAUCCUGAACUUCUGACUUAUAAUGAAAAAUUAUUUCCCAACAAUUACUGUAUUUUUUUAAUGUACAAACUUUUUAAAUAAAAAAAAAAAACACUACGGAAUCAGUAGCAUUACUGUUUACAGAUAAACUAACCAUAAUUAUACUUUUGCACAGAUACAGAGUUUAAAUGAUAAUUUUCCUUUUGUUUAAGCAUUAAACAAGCUAUAUUAUAUAUAUAUGAAACAUGUGUUUGGUCCUAGUCUCUAAUAAAUUGCUUGCCAUCAUGAA